AUGAAGGGAGACCCUAAUAAAAGAUCUAGAGACAAGUACUGUUGUUUCCACUAUGAUCACGACCAUGACAUCACUGACUGCUACGACUUGAAGCAACAAAUUAAAGCCCUUAUUAGGCAAGGAAAGUUGCAGAGGUUCGUUAGUAAGGAGAGAAUGGAUCCACCUCAAGAGCAGGCUCCUCGAUGGGAGAAUAAGCGUCCUAGUCUACCCAUAGGAGAUAUAAGAAUGAUUGUAGGGGGCACAAUGGCUGUUGGGUCAUCCAAAAAGGCUCGUAAGACUUACCUCAAGAUGGUUCAGAACGUCCAGCUAACAGGUUCGGUGCCAAAGAUGUCGCGAAUCGACAACCCCAUUAUCAAAUUCUCGGAAGAAGAUGCUCGAUGUCUUCACCACCCACAUGACGACGCACUUGUUGUCAACAUACGAGUAGGGGAUUACAACACACACCGGGUUCUGGUUGACAGUGGCAGCUCGGCUGACAUCCUUUACUACCCAACAUUCCAACAGAUGAGGAUUGACAGAGAGCGAUUGAUUCUGAUGAACGCUCCACUCGUUGGUUUUAGAGGAACAAGGGUAUUCCCCCUGGGUGCUGUCACAUUGUCCGUGACGGUGGGCGACUACCCCCAGCAGAUCACUAAGGACAUAACAUUCCUUGUGGUCGAUUGUUCGUCUGUGUACAAUGCCAUCCUAGGACGGCCUACCCUCAAUUCAUGGAAGGCUGUAACCUCAAGCUACCACUUAAUGAUCAAGUUCCCUACAGAUUAUGGAGUAGGGGAGUUGCGCAGAAAUCAGGUGGCUGUGCGUGAAUUCUAUAUAGCCAUGAUAGAGAUGGAUGACCACCUCCAGACCAUGAACAUAGAAGAACACCAGACAGUGACAGAGCCCAUUGAAAGGCUUGAAGAGAUACCUCUCGAUGACUCCAAGCCUGAUCGAACGACUAGGAUUGGUACCCUCGCCAGCCCAACGGUCCGCCAAGCACUUACAACUUUUUUCUAA